AUGCCUAUCCCUUACCAAGUCGCUUACAAACCCCUCAACAAGCCCGAGGUGGGCGUCAAUGGCUAUGUUGAGCCAACGCCCGACAGGUCAGAGGUGCUAGCAAAGGGAUCAGCACCCUUUAAUGCGAGGACACUCGACUCGGACAUUCGCAUUGAUCACGAUGUGGAGAUUGUCGUCCGCGAUGGCUGCCGCUUGUACGCCGAUAUCUACCGGCCAACAACCGAGGAGAAAGUCCCUGUCAUUGUUUCCUGGUCGCCAUACGGCAAAAAGUACUCCUGUCUAGACAUGAUCUUCGAAGUCUGCACAUGGGCCUGCUGUAUGAAGCGAGAGGAAGUGAGCGGACUGGAAAAGUUCGAAGGGCUGGAUCCAGCGUGGUGGGUGGCGCGCGGAUAUGCCAUUGCCAGUGUCGAUUCGCGCGGAGCCGGCAACAGUGACGGCGACACUCCAUGCAUGGGAUUGCAAGAAGCUGAGGAUGCGCAUGACGUGAUUGAAGCUCUGGCCAAGAUGGGCUGGUGCAAUGGCAACGUUGGUAUGGCCGGCAAUUCUUACCUCGCUAUUAUGCAGUGGCAUGCCGCUGCUCAGAACCCGCCAUCACUCAAGGCCAUUGCGCCCUGGGAGGGUUCGGGGGAUAUUUUCCGUGAACAAUUCUGUCGCGGAGGCUGGUUCAACAUGAGUAACUACGAUCUGAUCACGACUUUGGUCAUCAAGGGUCACCAUGGAGUGGAAGACUUUGCGGAAAUGUACCGUCGCAAACCGCAGGCGAACAUAUACUGGGAUGAUAAGCGCGUGGAUAUGAAGAAGGUCAAUAUCCCGUGCUUCAUCACCGGGUCGGAUUUUAGUCAGAUUCACACCAUGGGUGCGGUUCGAGGGUGGAUGGAAGCCAACACGGACAAGAAGUGGAUUAAAUGGAGCGGAUACCAGGAGUGGUUUGAAUUGUAUUCGGUGCCCGAGAGUUAUAAUGAGCUGAAGAAAUUCUUCGACAAAUAUCUCAAGGGAAUUGACAACGACUGGGAGAAAACGCCCAAAGUCCGGUGGGCCACUCUUCCCUUUGGCGACCGAGACGUCAACCACGACAUUGUCCUCCCGGACUUCCCCGUUCCCAACACCGACUACCGCACACUGUACCUUGCACCAAACGGCACUCUGUCCGACGAGCUACCUCGUGAAAAGAGCACAUCCGUUCACAACUCAGAAGACCGAUGGUCCAUCUCCAAGUUCAAGUACACCUUCAACCAGAAGUCACGUCUCAUCGGUCUUCCUAAAGCCGAGCUCUACAUGAGCUGCGACGCCCUAGAUGACAUGAUCGUCUUCAUCCAACUGCGCAAACUGGAUAAAGAUGGCAAGGAGCUCUCUCAGCUUCAAUUCCCCUUUAAUCGUGCACCCGUCAAGUCGAUUGACGACAUGGCCGAGAAAGACCGUGUCAGCCUCACUCUGCACAACGGAUCCAUCGGUAUCCUUCGUGCUUCUCAGCGAAAGAUCGACUCAUCUCGGUCCCUGCAUCCUCAAUUCCCUUUCCAUCCCCAUGACGAGGUUCAAAAGAUCCCUAGAGGCGAGAUUGUCAAGUUGGAGAUUGGUAUCUGGGCCAUGGGUGUGGACUAUAAUGAAGGCGAGAGUAUUCAGGUGGACAUACUGGGUCAAUUCCCAGGGUUUACGGAGGUGGCUGCUUUCAGCAAGCCUCGACCGGAUCAUGAGAAGAACAAGGGCGAGCAUGUGAUUCAUUUCGGUGGAGAAUACCCGAGCAAGGUGAUUUUGCCUUUUGUCCCAGUUGAGUGA